AUGUCUCAUCGGGCUCAUCUGGGUUCGCUGCUAUGUGUGGCAAGCGGACGUGACACGUCAAGGUCGCCGUCAACGCUUGAAGGUGGUCGCCAACCACCGGCUCGAACUGGAACUGACGAACCCCCAGCCUUGGACAAAGUAUGGACCAGUCCGUUAGAUUUCGUCGAUGCCCUGGAUGUGUCGAGCCCUUCGGCACAGACAAUUCAACCGCCGGCAAGGCGCUCUGGCUCUGUGGCGAGGUCCAGCAGUAACAAACGCAUCGUCUAUGCGGACGAUAUACUUACAAACUCCAUCUUGCCUCACAUGACCGGCCAUCGCUCGUUCAACGCAUCUAUACAUCAAGGCCAAGAUGAUGGAGCUGUGGACACCAGCGACGUGGCACUGACACAGGUCACGAUUGUUUCCCCGCGACCGCCUUCUGCAGACUGGUACGGUCGUCAAUUGCAGCAGUCAACCAACAACCCUUUCUCCCACUUGGCAGUAGAGGAUGUCGCAUAUGCUUGCAACGUGAAGCACAUUUUGACGUUUCCACCUUUGGAUGUCUGUGACAUCCUGAUGGCUUCUUUCGUGCGCCACUUUCUGCCAGCCUAUCCCGUGGUGGACAGGAUGCAACUACGGGAUACUUACUCGAACUUUCGCCGUGGCACCAUUCUCUCGCCCUUGCUUAUGCACUCAAUCUUCUUUGCAGCGUGUCAGUACACUCCUGAAUGUACUCUUCAAAAGGCUGGGUUCAAGAAGAGGUCUAUUGCACAAAGGUAUUUCCACAGCCGGGCGACUCUGCUUUAUUCAUUGAAUUGCGAAAAGGACCAGCUCGUACUGCUCCAGUCCCUCAUUUUCAUGAGCCCAUGGUGGACAGACUAUAGCGAGGAGAAAGAUAUUCGGUUUUGGACCACAUGCGCCUGCAACCUAGCUUUCUCCAUGGGCCUUCAUAAAGCCAUUCCUUCCACGUCCACGCCGCCCAGCCAGCGGCGGAGUCUGUGGCGGAGAAUCUUCUGGACCCUUUUUAUACGCGAUCAAAAUCUAGCUGUGGGUCUUGCUCGCCCACCGGUGAUCAACCUCGACGACGUCGACGUCGAAUCACUCUCCGAGACUGAUUUUUACGAGUCCCAAUAUGAGGGAGUCGAACAAGGGACCGAUGAUUGUCCAGUCGACUUUUCCUUCUUCAAUAGUAUUCACUCGGCUUUCAUGAUGGAUCUCAUUAUGCUCUCAAAGAUCAUGUCCGAGGUUUUCAAAUUGCGUAACGCACAUCGAAAAUGUGAGGGCGACCUCUUACCACGUCUUCUCUCUGUCAAGGACCGCCUGGAACAAUCCGACCUUGCCUCUGAGCGUGCGUUUCGGCUCCUCCAACCCUCCGAAGACGUGUCCAAACAAUUAAUAUGGCCGAUCUCUGCCAAACUCAACCGACAGCGUGUUGUCACACUGAUCUUGCGGGCCAUCCACCGGGUGAUGCUCGAACAAAACCUCGAGGUUACGCGCGAUGUGACCGUUCAGCAAAUCUGGGAAGGGAUUGUUCGGAGCGCCGCGAAAAUGAUGACACUAUACGAAGAGCUUCUGUCGUCAGACCUCCUGAAGUACGGUCAUAGUUUCUUCACGCUCAUCACCUACCUCGAGGAGGUGAAGAACAAUCCGAAGGAUUCACGCCGGACGCGCAUCGCCGUCAACAAAAUCCAACUCGGCCUGUUGGUGUUGACCGAGCAGCGCCAAUACUGGAACGCGGCACGCUGGGCGUAUUCCCUGUUCAAAUUCUGCCUCGAUCGAGAUUUCAGCUUUCUUCGAAACCUGCCCCGGGUCUCUCGCUGGCAUUCGCCGGAGCCUGGGGCGGAGACCGAUGCCAUGCCUACGUCGUCCGCUCCUGUGCCCCUUUCGGCACCCAUCGAGGGACAGACCGACACAGAUGAAGGGCAGGAUGAUCUGAUUGAUUUUAAUCUGGGCGAAAUGCCCCAUUGGGACGCCUCGUUCUAUGACUCGCAUCAAUGGUUUACGGAUGCCUUCCCGGUUGGUCUGGACCAAGCAUGGAUCUACGAGACGACGGCUGCUGGAAAAGAGAAUCGAGAGGUCCAUCAAGCAGAUGGCCAUGUCGCUCCGUGA